CGCCGUUGCUGACUACACCCACCCCAACACCCACGCUCACUCGCUCUCUCUGUAUCUCUGUGCCACGAGAUUCUUAACCUCGUUCCUCAUUCCAUUGUGACUCUGGGGCGCUCAAUUGCCCUCUUCGCUGCCCUCCCUUUUCCAUAGCUCAAGAUGGCUGCCACCGUCAUGUCGCGGUCUGCUUCUUGCCGCUCUUUAUUGUCCAGAACCGCAUCCACCGGUAUACGGGAAUCACGGCAUCUGUAUCGCCUCCGCGAUGCUGUCCGACCACAAUUACCGGCCUAUGCGGCCCUUGCCAGAUACUAUGCCUCCAAAUCCUACCCCCCACAUACAAUUAUUAGCAUGCCUGCGCUAUCCCCAACAAUGACUGCGGGUAAUAUCGGGGCGUGGCAGAAAAAGGUUGGAGACGUCCUUGCUCCCGGUGAUGUACUAGUGGAGAUCGAAACAGACAAAGCCCAGAUGGAUUUCGAAUUUCAAGAAGAAGGGGUUUUGGCAAAAAUUCUGAAGGAAGCCGGUGAGAGAGAUGUUGCGGUUGGUAAUCCGAUUGCCGUCAUGGUCGAAGAGGGGACUGAUAUUUCAUCUUUCGAGUCCUUCUCGCUAGGAGACGCUGGUGGUGAGAAAGCACCAGCUGCGGAGAAUGAACCAGCACAACCAAAGGAACCCGAAUCCAAACCCGCCCCCACAACCGAAGAAUCGAAACCUGUAGCUCAGGAACCAGAGUCGACUGGUGAGAGAUUACAAUCAAGUCUUGACAGAGUGCCAUUUAUUGCUCCCGCAGUGAAGGCUCUAGCUUUGGAGCGGGGCGUGCCGCUCAAGGAUGUCAAGGGUACUGGUCCUGGUGGGCGAGUUACAAAACAAGAUAUCGAGAAAUAUCAGCCCAGCGGCGCUGCUGCGGCCGGUCCAGCUUAUGAAGAUAUCCCUGCCACGUCCAUGCGCAAAACCAUUGCAAACCGUCUUGUUCAAUCCGUCAGAGAAAGCCCACACUACUUCGUAACAUCAACCCUUUCCGUUAGCAAACUUCUCAAGCUGCGCAAGGCCCUCAAUGCCUCCGCGGAUGGUAAAUACAAGCUAUCCGUCAACGACUUCCUCGUCAAAGCCUGUGCGGCCGCUCUCUUAAAAGUGCCUGCCGUAAACUCGCGCUGGAUCGAGGAAAACGGCCAGGUGACCAUCCGCCAGCACAAGACGGCAGACAUCAGCGUCGCGGUUGCAACGCCCGUCGGCCUCGUCACACCCAUCGUCAAGAGCGUCGAGACCCUCGGCCUAUCCAGCAUCUCCAGCCAAAUCAAAGACCUAAGCAAGCGCGCGCGCGAGAACAAGUUGAUGCCCGAGGAAUACCUCGGCGGCACCUUCACGAUUAGCAACAUGGGUAUGAAUCCCGCCGUUGAGCGUUUCACCGCCGUCAUCAACCCGCCGCAAGCCGCAAUUCUAGCCGUGGGUACGACGCGCAAGGUAGCAGUGCCCGUGGAGGGUGAGGACGAGGGCAGCGCCGCGUCUGUGAAAUGGGAUGACCAGAUUGUGGUGACUGGCAGCUUCGACCAUAAGGUUGUUGACGGGGUGGUGGGAGCUGAGUUCAUGAGGGAGCUGAAGAAUAUUGUGGAGAACCCGCUCGAGCUACUUCUCUAAACAAAUAAAUCCCACUUACCCCUCUUUUUAUUUUAAUUUUUUAGAAAUUUGGCUAGCGACUCAAGUUCAAUGAUUGAAGUGGGUAGCUGAUCUGUCACGAGUGGACACAGCACAGAAAACUUGUUUCUCUUCCCCCUUUCUCUUACAACAACCGAAACAACGCUCCAUACCUCUUAUCUGGAAUUCCAGCAUGUACCAAAAAUGUAUUCUUGACCAUAUUUCCCCUACCUAUCCUUUCCCCUUGCGUUCUUUCAUUAUUUUCAGUUCUUUCCUCUACCUUCCCCUUUUUUCCCCCACCAUACCUCCCUAGUUAUCUCCCGAUCUACCUUUGUGCCACUAUUUACAGUAUGCAGCGAAAAGAAUUCUUCUACCCCCAAAUACCUAAGUUACUCAGUUCUUUAGAAAAUCCAAGUCGCGUAUCUACCCUGUCAAAACUUUUCAUUCUACGAAUAUAAAAGUAAUAGCUUCAAUUCCCA